AAAAGUGAUCGCUUAGCUCAAAAACAAAACCGAAGGCGAUAGAUCCGAUACCUUUCUUCCGAUUGAAACGAUGAAUCUUUGAAAGAAACCUCCUCCGUUUUUGGGAAUGAUUCGAGCUGAAAUGGUAACUUUUACAUAAAGCACAUCAACGACUGGAAAUAACUAUUUUUUUGAUACGAAGAUUCACUAAUCACAGUGCGCCCCACGUUCUAGUGCCUUCAAAAGCAAAUAAUCGUCGCUUUAGAACGGAUCAUCAACGCAUUUCUCAGCUUAUUCUCUUGCUUUCGCUUUUACAGUGAGAGGUGAAGCGGCGAUGGCGAUGGAUUGUGGUAUCGAUUGAGAAAUUUCAACGCACGCGUGGGGCAAUUUCUUGGUUAAUUUGGUGGUUACCAGUUGAUUUUAACAUGGGGGAUUCAGACUGGUAACGAAAAUCUUAUGGACUUUCAAUUUCUUCAACUGUCCCUGUCCCACGUUAAUGAAGGCAAUCGCCAUUUUGUUCUUCGUUUUACAUUUUGGGAAUGAACAAAGGGGUUUGAAGCAAUCUGAAUCAAGCAAGAUUAUUGGGAUUUGGCACAGUUCAUAAGCUGUUCUAGUUUUGUAGCCGCUUGAUUUUGUUUUCAUGGCGGAGAGUUCAGAAGAGGUCUAUCUCCAUGGCGAUCUCGACCUCAAAAUCUUCCAGGCCGUCCAGUUGCCUAAUAUGGAUAUUAUAUCGGAGCGUCUUCGUCGGUGCUUCACCGCUUGUGGUACUCUCGACUACUCUGCCAUUAAAUCCGUCGGAACCAACUCCCGUUCCGUCGACGAGGGGAAAGUCCACCGUGGCCAUAGCAAAAUCAUCACCAGUGAUCCAUAUGUUACCGUCCGGGUUCCUCAAGCCACCGUCGCACGGACUCGCGUGAUAAAGAAUUCCCAGGAUCCCCAAUGGAACGAGCAUUUUGUUAUCCCUCUUGCACAGAAAAUGGCUGAAAUAGAAUUCCAGGUGAAAGAUGACGAUGUCUUUGGCGCUGAGGUUAUGGGGACGGUCAAGUUCCCAGCUCGGCAAAUUGCCUCUGGUCUGACCAUUAGUGGGUGGUUUCCGGUGAUUGGCUCCAAUGGCAAGCCGCCAAAGCCUGACACGAAACUCCAAAUCGAAAUGAAGUUUACCUCGGUUGAGAAGAACCCGGCGUAUCGUCAUGGUAUCGCCGGAGAUCCAGAGCAUAAGGGUGUGCGGCAUACAUAUUUUCCUGUCAGGAAAGGGAGCUCCAUGAGAUUGUACCAAGAUGCUCAUGUGCCUGAUGGGCUGCUGCCACAGAUUGAAUUGGAUGGUGGGAAGGUUUUUAGACAAGGGAAAUGUUGGGAGGAUAUUUGCCAUGCUAUAACAGAGGCUCAUCAUAUGAUUUAUAUUGUCGGAUGGUCUGUUUUUCAUAAGGUGAGGCUGGUUAGAGAGCCGAGCAGGCCACUGCCCCGAGGCGGGGAUUUGACUCUUGGUGAGCUGCUCAAAUACAAAUCAGAAGAGGGUGUUCGAGUUUUGUUGAUGAUUUGGGAUGAUAAGACUUCUCAUGAUAAGUUCUUCAUCAGCACGGAAGGAUUGAUGCAGACGCAUGACGAGGAAACCUACAAAUUUUUCAAGCAUUCUUCUGUUAUCUGUGUGCUUUCGCCUCGCUAUCCGAGUGGCAAGCUAAGCUAUGUGAAACAAAAGGUUGUAGGGACUGUCUUCACACACCAUCAAAAGUGUGUCCUUGUUGAUACACAGGGAUAUGGUAAUAAUAGAAAGAUAACUGCAUUUCUUGGAGGUCUUGAUCUCUGUGAUGGUCGUUACGAUACACCCGAGCAUCGAUUGUUUCGUGACCUCGACACAGUAUUUAAGGAAGAUUUUCACAAUCCUGCAAUUCCUCCUGGAACCAAUGGUCCAAGGGAACCAUGGCAUGACUUGCACUGUCGGAUCGAUGGGCCAGCUGCAUAUGACUUGCUUAUGAACUUUGAGCAACGUUGGAACAAAGCCACAAGAUGGACAGAGUUUGGCCUACGGUGCAGGAGAAUUACUCACUGGCAUGACGCUUUAAUAAAGAUAGAGCGCAUAUCAUGGAUACUAAGCCCUAAACUAAAUACGUUACCGGAUGGUUCAACAAAAGUUCCAGACGAUGAACCUAAUGUAUAUGUUUCGAAGGAAGAAGAUCCCGAAAACUGGCAUGUUCAGAUUUUCCGAUCCAUCGACUCUGGAUCAGUCAAAGGGUUUCCAAAAGAUGCUCAUCUUGCCGUGUUGCAGAAUCUUGUAUGUGCAAAAAACUUGGCUAUAGAGAAAAGCAUCGAAAUGGCAUAUAUCCAGGCUAUCAGAUCGGCGCAACAUUUCAUUUAUAUCGAAAAUCAGUAUUUUAUCGGAUCGUCGUAUGGAUGGCCAGGAUAUAAAAAUGCUGGGGCUGAUCAUCUCAUUCCCAUGGAGUUGGCCCUUAAAAUUGCGAGCAAAAUUAGAGCCAAGGAAAGAUUUGUUGUAUAUAUUGUUAUACCAAUGUGGCCCGAGGGAGAUCCGAAUAGCGGUGCCAUGCAAGAGAUUCUUUAUUGGCAGGGACAAACAAUGCAAAUGAUGUAUGACAUUGUUGCAAGUGAACUAAAGUCAUCAGAGCAACCAGAUUUGCACCCUCAAGACUAUCUAAAUUUCUACUGUCUUGGUAAACGCGAAGAAAUUCCUGCAAAUGGACCGAACAUCGACAAUGCAACGGCGUGUAAUUCACUAAAACAUAAACGGUUUAUGAUUUACGUUCACGCCAAGGGAAUGAUAGUAGAUGAUGAAUAUGUAAUCAUUGGGUCUGCUAAUAUCAACCAAAGAUCUAUGGCUGGGACAAAGGAUACCGAGAUAGCCACCGGCGCCUAUCAGCCGCAUCACACGUGGGCAAAGAAGCAGAAACACCCACAUGGUCAGAUUUACGGGUAUAGAAUGUCGUUAUGGAGCGAGCAUCUCGGUAUGCUCGAUCCCAUUUUUGAGGAGCCAAAAACUUUGGAAUGUGUACGAAGAGUGAACAAGAUUGCUGAGGAUAACUGGAAGAUAUUUACAGCGGAUGAAUUCGCGACAUUGCAAGGCCACCUUCUCAGGUAUCCGUUGCUCGUCGACCGUGACGGGAAAGUCAGCUCUCUGCCUGGAUGUGAAAACUUCCCUGAUGUUGGGGGGAAGAUAAUAGGGUCUCAUUCAACUGCAAUUCCUGAUGUUCUGACCACUUAGGCUCCUUCUGCAAUGGUGCUGUCUGCAAGUUUGGUCUUAGGCUCUGUAAGUAGUUGCCACUGGUAGAACUGACCCUCUCGAACCGGAGUCGAAACAGGCGAACGGGGAAGAGAAUCGAUACCUUAGUAGUGGGUAGGCAAGUUUACUGUCCAAAAGUAUGAAAAUUACAUAGCUUUCUGCUUUGUUUUGCUUUCUGGUGGGAUUUUCUUUGCUGUUCAUUGAUGAUUGUAUGCAAUAAGGGAUAUUGUGAGUUUUCAUUCAUUUUGCUUCAAAUAAAGUUUCAACGUUGGAAAA